AUGGUUCAAGGCGGCGAUAUUACAAAGGGAGAUGGAACUGGCGGUAAAUGCAUCUACGGAACGAAAUUCAAGGAUGAAAACUUUGACCUCAAGCAUAUCGGACCUGGAGUCCUUUCUAUGGCGAAUGCGGGUCCAGAUACCAACAGCUCUCAAUUCUUCAUCAGCCUCGACAAGACCGACUGGUUGGACGAUAGACACGUCGUCUUCGGUGAGGUGAAGAGCGGCAUGGAUGUUGUGCGACUCAUGGAAAAAGCUGGAACGCAAUCUGGGUCGUGCACUAGGCUUGUGGAAAUCAUAGAUUGCGGAGUGCUUUAA